AUGGUGAGCUCAGACGAGGAGGCUGGCCUCGUCAAGAAGGAUGCGCCAACUGACGGGAAGGACCCUCUUGAUCCUAAGAAUGAUCCCGAUCUCGUCACAAAUGGAGGCAAGUUCCAGUCCAAGGUGGCCAUCCUGCAAGUCACGUGGAGGUUCCCGGUGGACCCAGAUCCGCUCAACAUUCUGGCGCUGAUAUACGGGUAUCUCCCGUUCGUGGUGCCUGUCGUGUUUUUUGUGGACAUGCUUGUGGAGUGGCGUUUCAUUGCUUUCUACGGGCUUGUCACCUCAGCAGUGGUGACGCUCUUGAAUGAGGUAAUUUUCAAGCCAAUCCUGAAGCAGCCUCGCCCUGAAGGGUCUGCCAAUCGCAAGUUCAACGAUAAGACUGGAAAAUGGGAAAUGAAGCCCGGCAUGCCGUCUGGGCAUGUUGCCAAUGCUGCCACAACGAUGGUGUGGUGUCUGCUCGAGGUCGCUUUGCGAGGUCCUGGAUUUGACGACCAGCCUUUUCUCACCACAAAGAUCCUUUUGCUGAUCAUAGUUUGCAUGGGACCCGUGCCCUGGGCCAGAAUCCACAACCAGGACCACAGCCUGGCCCAAUGCACGGUGGCGGGCAUCAUGGGCAUCGUGGCAGGUGUGACUGCUUACCUCAUCCGAGUAACUUACUUCCCGCUUGGAGUGGGGCAGGAAUGGUGUUACCAGAGCUUAUGUCUAAUUGGAGGGAAGCCAUGGGACCCUUUCGUGGACGGGCCGCAGGCUGGCAGCGAGGUGGUCACAGCUGCCGCCAUCACUACAACACUUGCCCAGGCAUCCCUUACAAUCAAACCAAAGCUGCACUGCAACGCCCAGCAAAACGAAGCACUUGCAAGGAUGUCGUCAAAACCGCGGCUACCAAUCUCGCAACCGCUCUGA